CCGUACCGAGUAGGACGAACGACACAAUAAAUGUUCCAUGAGGCAUUGUUGUGUUGAAUAACCAGCGGAUAUGAAAUUACACAACUUGUACAUGUGGUUAUCUUCUGUCAGUGUAGUGCCAGCCUGUUAUGUGUAUGCCAUGACCAACUAUUGAUAGACUGUGAUAUCGGGUAGUCAGCGGCAUGGCCAAACAUAAGGGACCAGAAGAUGUUGCUGUGAAAAGCAACACAACAAAGAAACUGAAGCAAGUCGCAAAGGGCAAUGUCGGAGGAGGAAAGAAAUCUCAGAAGAAGAUUGCAGAAAAUGGAGUCAAGGAGAUCCCCAAGAAAUCCAAACCCAGAUCUCAAACUUCCAAGAAAGCAAAUGGUUCCCCUGCCAAGAAGCACACCAGCAAAUACUUCCAGGACCAGCUAAUGAAAGAGGAGCGUGAAGCCAUGAGUGUCGAUGCUGAAGAUGAUGACUUCACAACACCCACUGUGUCUGUUGCAUCAGGGGCAAAGAAAACUGAGACCAAAAAGGAAGAUGAAGAUGAUGAGUGUGAGGAUGACAGUGACGAAGAUGGCGAUUGGGAGGAGGUGGAAGAGCUCACAGGGCCGUUGGGUCCCGCUGCUCCUGCGGAGCCGACGAUUCCGUCUCAGCCUGUGGAGAUUGAGAUUGAAACCCCAGAAGUCGCCCGCAAGAGACAACAGAAGGAGAAGAGGAAGACAGAGUUUGAGAGCUACCUGCGUCGGAUGAUGAAACGCUUCAACAAGGACCUAGUGGAAGACACACACAAGGUUCAUGUGCUGUGUUUGCUGGCCAAUGGAAUAUUCCGGAACCAUGUGUGCAGAGAACCGGAUCUCAUAGCCAUUACUUUGUCCCUCAUGCCCUCCCACUUCACUGCACUUAUCCGUCGGGUCGACACCAUAUUUCUCAAUGACCUUUUAAAGUGGUUUGGGGACACCUUCACGCUGAACCCUGAGCUGCCCGAGGAGACGGGGCAGGGGCUGAUGGCGGUGCUGGAGAGGAGACUGGGGAGCCUGACCGUAAGAAACCAUGAGGAGAUGACUCACUUGUUCCUCUUGGUGCUGAGGUCGCUACAGCUGUUCUGCAGGCUAGUGCUCUCUCUGCAGCCCCUGCCAAUCAAACCGCCUCCCGCCAAGGACAAACCUAAAACCUCCAAGUCUCCUGCUGAUAAAAGCCAGAGCCCAGGUAAGAAGAGACCCACAGAGAAGAGUGCGGCAGAGAAGACCUCUCCAGAGGCGAAGGUCUCCCCCGGGUCCAAGCGUCCGGCCACCGGCCGAGGGGAAGGUAAGACUGAGAGGGGAGGGAAGAGGCCGAAGAAGAAACAUGGAACGGGAGAGAUGGAGGGGACGGGGCAGCGUCCAAAAAACACGACGAGACGCAGCGUGGCCUCAAAGGUGAGCUACAAGGAUGAGAGCAGUGAGGAGGAGGCGGACAGGUCCAGCGAAGAGGAGUUCCAGCUGAGCAGUGGGGGUGAGAGCGAGGAGGAGGAGGAAGAAGGAGGAAAGAAGAAGGGGCGGGCGGGAAAGGGCAAAGGGGUAGCAAAGGGCAAAAGCCGCGCACCAAGGAGGUCAAGUGGGGCAAAGAAGACCAAAAAGGAGAUAAAGAGUGAAGAGGAGGAUGAAGAGGGGGAGGAGGAGACUGGGAAGAAGAGGAGGGAGGGGAAGGGAAACGACGAGUGGCUGGAGGUCUACCUGGAGGAGGCGGGCCGGUGGGUGUGUGUAGACGUGGAGCAGGGGGUGGGGCAGGUGCAGAAGUGCGCCGCUCACGCCACUCGGCCCCUGGUCUACGUGGUGGGCGUGGACGGGGAGGGCUACAUCAAGGACCUGAGCAGGAGGUAUGACCCCACCUGGCUCACGUCGUCACGGAAACGCCGCAUCGACCAGGACUGGUGGGACGAAACGCUGGAUAUAUACGAAGCGCCCGACUCGGAGAGAGAAAAGAAGGAGGACAAUGAGCUGGAGGCCAAACUACUGAGCAAGGCCUUGCCCACUUCAAUCCUGGAGUAUAAGAGCCACCCUCUGUACGCCCUGCAGAGGCACCAGCUGAAGUAUGAGGCCCUGUACCCCCCCACGGCAGCCAUCCUGGGCUACUGCAGGGGGGAGCCUGUCUACUCCAGGGACUGUAUCCACACGCUACACUCCAAAGACACAUGGCUCAAAGAGGCACGGACUGUCCGUCUCGGAGAAGUACCAUACAAGAUGGUGAGGGGAUUCUCCAACCAGUCCCGGAAGGCUCGCAUGAUGUCCGAGCACAAGGUGGAGAAGGACCUCCCUCUGUUCGGGGAGUGGCAGACGGAGGAGUACCAGCCUCCCGUGGCUGUGGACGGAAAGGUCCCUCGCAACGACUUUGGCAAUGUGUACAUGUUCAAGCCUUGCAUGAUGCCCAUCGGUUGCGUCAGCCUGCGUUUGCCAAAUCUGCACCGAGUAGCCAGGAAGUUGGAUAUAGACUGUGCUUUAGCGGUGACCGGUUUCGACUUCCACGGCGGUUACUCUCAUGCAGUUACUGAUGGGUACAUUGUUUGUGAGGAACACGAAGAGAUCUUGAGAGCUGCAUGGGAGAACGAGCAAGAGAUUCAGCAGAAGAAAGAGAUAGAGAAACGGGAGAAGCGUGUCGUGUCAAACUGGACUCUGCUGGUGAAAGGUCUUCUGAUUCGAGAGAGGCUGAAGCGUCGCUACGGACAACAGGGCCUCACCCAGCAGCCAGCGGGGAUCGGACAGGGGGAGCAGGGAGGGGUGGACGGUCUGUCCUCAGGAGAGGAGGCAGAGGAGGUGGGAGGUGGACCGUCCACAGACGCCCCCUCACUGGCCAGCUCCUGGCCCCAAAACCGGCAGGAGGAGGAGGAGACGCCCAAACAAUCCGGCAGCAAACGAGAGAAACGCGGGCAGAAAAAACACCUCUUCCCUUUCGAGAAAGUUUGAAAUUUGUGUUUAUGUCUGCUGUCUGUUAUGUCUGUCCUCCUCCUCCUACCUCUGUUCAUCUUUUCUUUUUUUUCUCUCUCUUCUUCUUCUCUUUUGACCUCUUUCACAAAACAAAUUGUAACAAGAUGGAGUUUGGAAAACAGGAUUCAAGCACUGGAUUCAGAGGACCCGAUUCUUAAAGCAUUAUGACUUCACACUACGAAGUUAUGACAUAAUUAUGACCUCACACACUACACUGUUGGCAGUACAUUCAGGUGCUUCAUCUGAGCUCACAGUUUUGAAUACUUCUGACACACGAGCACUUCUACCACUGAUAGCCAGUCAAACACAUUGAAACUCAUUUUUCUCCGUGUUCAUGCUGAGUGGGUUUCUGAGUUGUUUGAGAUUCCGAAGUGUCAAGUUGUUGUUUUUUCUGUGGCAGAAAAUAUAUAUUUUUGUAGGAUAAAGAUUGUCAAAGUAACUGUACUUUUGCAUUUAAAUGUUUGGCUGAAAUGCAAUAAAUAGCUGACAUCU